AUGCCUCGCCGCCAUCCGUCAUCGUCCCCGCUUCUCAGUCCGCCGGUGCUCAUCAUACUCCUGCCCAUCAUCACCUUCCUCUUCCUUUUCUGCACCAUCCCUCCAUUUCUGUCCCUCACCUCUCAAAUCCUCCGACCCACAAUUUCCGUCAAGAAAAGCUGGGACUCCCUCAACGUUUUCCUCGUCGUGUUUGCGAUUCUCUGCGGGAUCUUCGCCAAGAGAAACGACGACGGAUCACCCGCCGAGGAGGAUCCUAUCCAAAAUGCUUCUGACCCGUUAAAUAAUAGUAUUGCCGCGAACAACACAACAAACACAUCAGAACCCGAAGUCUUGCUUCCACAACAAUGGUUUGGAUUUUCAGAGAGGCCACCGGAAACCAGCGGUGGCCGGUUGCGGAGGAGCAGCAGCUCCUACCCAGAUCUGAGGCAGCUCGGCCAACAGUCCUCAUGGGAAUCUGGAGAUCACAGCAAGUCUCAGUUUCGCUUCUUCGAUGACUUCGAAAUCAACAACACUACUUAUCAUCGUACUCCGCCGCCAGUUUCGCGCCAAAGCCGCUCCCGUGAGUACUCGGAUGUAAUUAAGGAGAUUCCGGUGGACACUUUCGUACUUCGCUCUUCUCCUCCUCCGCCGCCCCAGUCGCCUGCGCCGCCACCUCCACCGCCUCCUCCGCUGCGUCAUCAAAAUCCGAGAAGGGCGUAUGAGACCGUUAGACGUAGAGAUCACAAGGAGAAAGUACCCAACACUAACAGUGUUAUUGUUAAUGAGGCUCAACAAUUCGAGCAGGUUCGAUCUCCGCCACCAACGCCGCCGCCUCCUCCUCCGCCACGUCCUGCAGCGUCGCCGUCGCCAAUGCGGAUUCGGCCGGAGCAUAAACGUAGAAAGAGUAACGUGAAGAAGGAGAUAGCUAUGGUUUGGGCUUCGGUUCUGUCCAACCAGAGAAAGAGGAAGAAGAAGCAAAAGCCCACCAGUACCAGAGACAUUUACGAUACUGCCACCCACUCUCCGCCAGAACAACAAGUACGAGAAGGAGGAGGAGAAGGAGAGUAUUAUUACACAAGACCACCGCCGUCGCAGCCUCCUCCCCCGCCACCUCCGCCCCCGCCACAUUCUGUAUUUCACAAUCUGUUCAAAAAGGGAAUGAGCAAAGCCAAAAAAGUUCACUCCGUCUCGAAUCCACCAGCUCCACCCCCACCACCUCCACGAUCCACGUUGCGAAAACAAAAGAGUUGGAGUGCUAUUUUCCCGGCGGCGCCACCAACUCCGCCGCCACAACCACCGCAAACACCUUCGCCACGGAGAGCUUCUGCCGCCAGUGGCAGGCCGCCAUUGCCCACGAAGACGAACAGUUAUUUAUCCGAGGAGAAUGUGAACAGCGGCUGCCAGAGCCCGUUAAUUCCUGGGGCGCCACCUCUACCGCCGUUUAAAAUGCCGGAGCUGAGGUUUUGUGUGCGAGGGGACUUCGUUAAGAUACAGAGCGCACAGAGCUCCCGUUGUGGAUCUCCUGAAUUGGAGGACGUUGAUGCAACGCCAGGUAAGGAAGAAGAGUCGGAGUCAAAGUCACAGUCAGAGUCACAUAGUAGAGUCAACGUAAUGGACGGUAGAGAUGGUGGUGGUGGUGGGCCGUCAGUGUUCUGUCCCAGCCCAGAUGUUAAUACGAAAGCUGAUAACUUCAUCGCUAGGCUGAGAGAUGAGUGGAGGCUUGAGAAGAUGAACUCGAUGAGGGAGAAAAAGAAGAUGGCCUAA